AUGGAAAUAAAUAAUACUAAUACUAAUAUGAAUACGAAUGGGGAAUUAUCGUUAAAAGAACAAAUACAAGGGAAAAUGAUGAAUUUCUUAACGAACAAAGGAGUUGUCAAGUCUGAAGCCAAUGCAGGGUAUGGACAAAUGAACACUGAUGGAUCAGGUGGGACAGCGUACACUGACAACACAUGUCAAGGCAAAUGCAUGUACUUCUUAUGCUGUCAUUGUUCAAAGCGUUAUUAUACGGCAUGGCUAUCAAGUCUAGGUUUUAUGAUUACAUUUGGUAUUCGUUGUAAUAUGAGCUGGGCUAUGUUGACUAUGCAAGCUAGACACAUAGCAGCAAAUCUGUCUCAUUUACCACAUUCUAAACAUUAUGAACAUACACAUCAUGAAUCUGGUGAUCAUGUGGUUGGAUUUGGUGGACUGAUGAAUGUAACGGCGAAACCAGAUUUUUAUUGGACAGCUGGUCAAAGAGGAUUUGUGGAUAGUUCAUUCUUUAUGGUUAUUUAA